AUGUUGGUAUUUUCUCCGUUUAACCCUGAAUUUUUAGUGGCUUCGCAAGGCAGUUAUACUCAAUGUGCAAUUUGCCGCUGUCACUUAACUCGCCAUUCAUUUGCUCCCUACGACAUGUCCUCAUUUUACUAUGAAAAUUAUAAAGAAGCUAGAAAAAGAGUUCUUCAAGUAUAUAAUGAUACAAGAUCAAAUUUUAAAAAUACACCAGAGUAUAAUAAGUAUUUGGAGGACUGUGAGUCGAUAAACGAGUCAAGACUCAAGUCAAUUGAACAGGAAUUAAGGAAUUAUGAACGAAACAACACACUCAGAAUCUCCAGAAAUAUUGAAAAUCAAAAAUCUGAACAUAAGAAACUGAUAAGGUCAAUAGUGGAGAAGGAAAAGAACUUUUAUGAAUUAGUUGAUAAAGGAGCACCUUUUAACUUGUGGAAAGUUGAUGAAUUCAUUCAUCCUCUUAAAAAAUCGUGCCCUAACUAUUUUACCGAUGAAACCACAGUCAUUUCUACUUCAGAUUCCAAACCACUGAAUGCCGCGAUUCGAAAUGAUUCAGAUAUACCUAGAAAAGUUUUUACUAACAGAAUUGAGCUCAUGGAGAGUGAUGUUGCGGGAGGAUACUCUAAGGGUUCGAAGAUAUGUUUAAUGUUAAUUUUAGAAAUCGUAUUUGAAAAAUGUAAAUCACAAUUUGACGCAUUACUUUUAUGGAAUAUCAUAUAA